GUAGAUCGGUGCUAUGAUCGUUCUAACUUCGUGCAAAUGGAUCUUGCUGGCACCUUUUGCAUUUCUUUCUUUUUUACUCAUUGGGGCCGAAGAAACAUGCGAGGCGGGAGGUGUAUGCGGUUCGAUCGAAGGUCAAAGAAUAUGCGAAACAAGAGUAUCGCACUGCCGGCCUUCGAGCUCUUCCUUGUAUCGAAAUGGCGGGACAGCUCAAGCUUACAAGACCGAUUCUCCUGAAAAAGAAAAUGUCUGUGAGCCCGCCAAAUAUAGUGCCACUAGCUAUAAGACAGCAAGCUGGGCUUUCAGAAGAACCUCGAGUAAACCUGCGCCGACCUUAAAAGUCAAAGCGCACGUUUGGAGCUGUCAAGAUGACAUUGAGGCUUCAAAUUGCUGCUGUGAGCUUAUGGAAGAUCCAUUUAAGGUUGAAGUAUGGCAGACUCGGCCUGAUGGAUCGUAUGCUAGCUUACAGAAAAGGAAAGAUGACGGAGACUGUCGAGCAACGAUUCUCUCCAACGGAACCUUCUUCGGCUUCGAAACCGUGGCUCCCGGCUCGACUGGCAUUCUUGGUGGACUGGGACCGUCAGGGCGAGAUUACAUGCCCUACGGCCCUCCAGUGAUUCAUUUUCUGAUUUCUUCUGACAACCAUCGGCUGACUCUCCUCGAUGUCCCACUAUUGAUCGAUAGGCAUAGUUUGAAUUACAGCUAUUUCAAUUGGCCAGAUUUGAGGGGUUCCGCCUGGGUCAGAGGCAAGGUGAUCGACGAAGCCUAUCAAAUAUCUGAAUGGAAACCUGAAACAAAAAGCAAUCAAGUCAUAGUGGAGUUGAACAUUUUCCUUCCAAAGCGAGAUAGUUUUGUUGAGGAUGCCUCCCUUUGUCAAGCUGAUAUCACCGGGCUUCCUAUCUCUUUCUUUCUGGAGCCUAUCGCCGAAUGCACUCCAUCAGUCUUGGAUUUUUUUGAGUUGUAAAGUGAGAUGACACAUAGCGUUUUGCACAGCGAGCUCUGUUGUAACCUGUUGGUUCUCAGCGAGCAGCAUGAAAAGCCAAUGAUAGGGUAAAAUAACGAUUAUAAUAAUGGUUUUU